AAUUGAAGUUAAACGUGAGCUGUAGUGAUUGCGAUAGUUUUCCACGGUGAAGAAUCGAGUUUUCGGUGCGAAAAUGCAGUUUUUCCAAUCGGGUCGAUUGAGGUGCUACCCUGACUGACAUUUUUUGGUUCAUUUUUUUUCUGCUCCCGUGCUUCUGGCUGGCUGGCCACUGGCACUGCGCUGGUUGUGCUUCUACGACGACGGAUGCUUUUCCGUCGCUGCUCGCAGCGGUAUUUGUGUGUACAGUGAACGCGUUCUCAUCGGUGUUGGUGGUUUUCGGUCGCUCGGUCGGUCGGUUCCCCGCAUACAACGGAGCGCUUUCAGCCAGCAGCCAGCCCGAGCAGCUUUGCCCUGUUUGAUGUGGUGUGUUGUGUGUUGACUUUUCGGAAGAACAGCCAGCGCCGAUUCGAUUCGAUUCGAGAUUGUGAGUUUGAGCAACAGCAGCAGCAGCAGUAGCAGAGCAGUGAGUCUUCUCGGUUCGAAAAGCUUCACAGUCGGCCAUACUCGGUCCAGAGACUGUUCCUUCCGAAAUGGGUGUCUACGGGUCUAGCAUCUGGCUGAACCGAGACGACAGGACACUUUUCUGGUGGUGUAAACAGUGCAAUCUGCAGUGAAGUGCAAACAGGAUUUGUGUACACGUACAUGGCAAAGGAUGCAUCACAGGUUUGAUUAUCUCAAAAUUGGGUAGACAGCAUACAGUGGUCCGAAUUGUGUAGGAGUUAUGCAAAACAUACAAUGACCGGUGCCAAUAGGCACUGUUUGUGAUGAAGCAGAAGCUCGUUGUGUCCCAUUCGCUAACCAGAGAAGCGUCGCAUAAAGAUUGACAUACAUCCCCACAAUAUCCCCGUACCGCAGCUGUUCUAUAUGUGCGCAGAGUUACUUACGGUUUAGCCAGUAGGAGCAACAUAAUACACCAAUCGGUUGCCACGAUGGCGCUAAUCGAAUGUCCUGUAUGUACCCUUUACCUCCGGGCCGAUAUGAGCCUGGAGGAACAUCUUGGUACGCAUCCAACCGACAAGGUGAUCAAAGCUUUGGUGACCAUGGCUACCAAAGUGCAAACACCAACUCCAUCAGCACCUGCCAGCACAGCAGCCAGCCCAGUCGCCCACCACAGCAGCACAGCGUCACCCAUGGAGCUGGCAAUGAUGGCGGUUGCUUCCGGCUCACGACCCCGCACACCUCCGAAUGCCCUAAUGUAUCACACCGGUGGGUAUGAGCCAAUGAAGCAGGCAGCUCCGCCUCCUCCACCACCCCCACCUCCGGCACCACAAAUGGUGCAGAAUUCCGCUGUUCCAACGGCAAUAACGGUUGUCAAAGCUUCCGAUAUGGGCUAUCCGAUCAACAAUGUCAUGAUCGUCAAAAGUUGCAGUACGAAAUAUGUUCAACAAAUACCGCAAACUGGUAAUAGUGGGCUUGGGUCAUCAUCCGGAACGGCGACAAUUUACCCCUCAAGUUCACUUGACGGGCGAAACGUAUUCAUAGAGCAUGAUCGAGGAGGGAGUGGCCAUUUGGUGUCGCGGCGGCAAGUUGCACCACCACCAUCGUUCUAUCCUCGUUACACCAACGAGCGCUACUCAGGUCCUCCUCCUCCCUAUAGUACUGCAAUCACUUCCACGAUCUCUGCCAACUCUCAGCUACAACAAGCUUCGAUGACAGCGCAUGCUCCAAAGUAUGAACAUAAAACGACCUUACAAUCACAGCAGUCUAGUUUCUGUUCGAAUACUUCAUCGCAGUCGGCCAUUGUAGGACAUGUAACAGCCACGCCUACUAUGACUCAGCAUCAGCAGCAGCAAAUAUAUCAGGCUCAUCCUCCUCCACCGCCUGCACUGGAAAUACAACAGCCAGCGGUCGCAAUCCACCAACCAAAUCAGCAACUACAGCUACAAACCACCAACUUCAAACAUCAAAAUAUGCUGCAAGCUCAGUACACGGAAAAAGAAGAUGGGAACUUCUUGGUCACCGAAAACCCCAAGAAGGUCGUAGAGUAUACGGAGAACGACGAGGGUGACUUCAUGGUGAUCGAAAAGAUUGUCAAGUCUCCACCGAGGAUCGUUCAAAUUGACGAAGAAAUGCCAGAAGAAGCAUCGACAUCUAAAUCCUGUGACCAGCUGGAAAAGAUUGACGACCUAAGUAAAGAAUACGCAGUGACGAUCGACGAUGACGAAUCGUAUGAAGAAGCAAGCAAAGAGGAUCAAUCGGAAGAGAACACAAUCGAGAUUAUCGAGAACGAGGACGGAACAUUUGACGACAAUCGCGGGAGCUUCAGUGUCAAAGAAAUGCCCAAGCCGAUGCUCAUCAGUAGCAUCGGCAGUUCGAAAAAGUGCAAUAAGUUUAACUUGAUUGUCGAUACAUCGCCACACGGUGCCGUCGGGGCGUCUUCGAGUGGGAUGGUCACGCCAAGAAAGCGACCGACCAGUGGUUUGAAGGUGCUGAGCAACGUGAAGGUGACGACUGAUCUGUCGCAAGGCAUCAAGGAUAUUAUUUUGAAUCUGAACAGCAAAAACAAAGCAACCAAUGUCACCGGAAGCAAUGGAAGUGGUUGUUCCACCAGUACUGGGGAAGGAACGCCUACUUCGCUUAUCGCAGGAACGAAACCAACCGCUGUAAUAAACAACAAUUGCCAAAACGAGCUUAUCAUUAAUGCCGGCAGCAAUAUGCCUCCGAUUGAUCUCAACAAUGUCAACGACAUAGAAAUAAUUAACGACGACGAGGAAGAAAAUCGGUCCGAUGAGGAGGAAGAGUGCUACGUAGGUUCCAUGGAAGUGAAAGCGGCAACCAGUGAUGCUUUCCGCUUAGACAAAGAUACACUGGAAGCUGGUCCUUCUCAUAGUGCUUCCCGGACGACACCAACUCCCUCGGUGAUAACCAGUGUCAUCCGAAUGACUCCUCACUCAUCGCCGGUGGUCGUUCCGUUAGCCUCACCUCAACCAACCAACGUAGUGCAACCUCAAAUAAGUCCCAACUUUGACCCCAUAGAGACAAUGCAUCAUAUUGAGACUGCGCCAAACAAUACCGAAACUCAUGUCCCUGAAAGUUCGUGUGUAGAAAACACCGUGAAACAGCCACCGCCACCGCAGUUAACGAGAAAGCCUCCCCAAACAACCGGCGGUUGCUCCUCUGGACAUCUCCUGUUCAAUAAACCUCCGAAGAAAUUGACCGUAAAACUGAAAACUCCACUUCCACCGGCGCCUCCACCGACCCCUCCUCUUGUCGCCCCGGGUGGAUUUGCGGCUGUGGUACCGAAAACGGAACACAUUGCUAGCGGUGAUUCCAUGGAAUAUCAGGAAUCUCAUCGGAACGACUUUUUGAAUCAAGAUGCUGACUCGGAAGUUCUAUCGGCGAUAGCUGAGGAAACCAAGUACGCAAUUCCACAGCACGAUCAAUCAGAGCAGAUACCCAUCCCAUCCGCUGAUGACGGAAAGCCUUCCUCGUCAAAUACGAGUUUAAAUGCGCCUUCGUCUUCAAACACGUUCACAACGUAUAUCACCACUAAAAUAGAGAACGAUGCUCAAGUCACGGAAUCGGUAGUUUUCAGCCAGUCUUCGUUAACUAGUGACAGCACCAACUGCAGUAAGUCCGUACCAAGCCCAGUUUCGUUGAAUCCGAAUGAGGGACAUCAUUCGAGUCAGGACGCGACAACCACCGGCCUUCCGGUAGUGACCACGCAGGAGAUUGUUCAAACGACCACCACAACCACCACCGAAGUCGAAUGCUAUAACAUAACCUUCAUCGAUGACGACGAAGGAGGUAUUCUGAAUGAUCUUCCGGGUAGUUCGAGAUCCGUAGCGAUACACGAUGUAAUUGCGCAAAAUUUGGAAAUUAGUAACGAUAAUUGUACCACCACUACCAUUGUGAAACAAGACGAGGAAGUCGAGCAGAAAGCCGACUGCAAUGACAGUAAGAUAGAGAUCACUGAAAUUUAUGCAUUAUCACCAGUUAGUGCUGGGCAAAUCCCGAGUGACACCGAAAACUUACAACCGACGUGUGCCCCCGAAGAAUUUGAACCGACGGAGCUGAAAAGUUGCAUAAAAAUUGAGAAAAUCGAGAAGCUGGCACAAAAUGAAGAAGAAUUAUCAAACGAUGAACAUAGGAAAGAAGAAACUGAACAUAAGAUAGCUAAAAUUGAACCCUCGUUGCAUGUAUCUAGCAGUAGUAUUUACCAGAACGAUCAAAAAGACCUGCUCGAAGCUGGACCUUCGAGAGACAUCAAAACCGCUGCGGACAGUAACGACAGUGGCAGCGGUAGCGGCAACAAUGCCGAAAAUAUCGAACCAACAUUCCUAGAGUACAAUGAGGAGUACGAUGAGUAUGUUCCGGUCAGCGGUUACAUCCCGCAGGAGCAGAUUCCUCUGUCGUGGGUGCAAAAGUUCAGCCCCCAGUAUACUCCAUUCGACGAUCAGAACUCCUACAUGGAUUUGGAUAUGUGCAGCAGCAAGACCAAUUCCAACAGCGUCGGGGAGAACACCACGGCCAGCAGUAGGGGUAGCGGCAGUGGCGGCAGCGGCGGAAGUCACGGCAGCCAUCGCAUCGUCGACAACAGUAUGGAUCGGGCACCGUCGGCCGAGAGUUUGAACAUUCGGACCGACGAGAAAAUGCCCGCCAAAGGGGAAAUUUCCGAACAGGAAAGCAAUGGGGAUAUGGAGCUGUCCUGGAAUAGGCUGUAUCCGGUUCACGAGAACAUCCCAAUCUACCCGAGUUCGUACGAUUUGUCCACGGCGCAGGAGUGCUGGAACCUCAGCAACCGCCAUUCCAAUGCGCACAACACCAACAGCAGUAGCAGCAGCCACGCCAGCAACCACAAUCAUCCACACAUGGCAGGACCAUCGUCAUCCAGUUCCAACAUGGCGUCUUCGGGGCACCAUCUAGGACCACACGCGUCCUAUCACCAAUCGUCGGGGCACCAUCAAUCGCACGGCAUGAGUUUCCAAUUCGCUCAGCAUGGUGAUAAUCGAGCUGAUCUGGAAGAACAAAUAGACGACAAAUCGAAAAUUCGGUUAGACUACGGCAUCAGUUGUGUGGGUGGUAACUACGGAAGCAUGGGUCCCAGUGGUAGCGGUAGUGGCGCACUGAACGAUGACGCCAGUCGAAAGUUGGUUAAAAUCCGUACUUAUCGCUGUACAGAGUGUCCGAAAUCAUUUGCGACACUGAAACAACGGCGCACCCAUAUUCUGUCGGAGCAUGAGACCGACUUGAAGGUGAAUGUUUUAGGGGCGACAGGUUCGGCCACGGUGACAUCCGGAGCAUCUUCUUCGACUGUGACGUCGGCAUCGACGCUUGGGUUCUUUUCUGGUCCGGCAACAACGUCGGCUGGGGAGGGAUGUAGCACUUCGUUGCUGAAUAAGAAAAUAAAGAUUGAACCACAGCCGGUCCUGAUGAGUUACAGUUCAUUGAAGCAGGAGCUGGAGCAGAAGCAGGAAGGAGGGGAAAUUGCUGGACCAGCAACUGUGGUGGCGGGUAGUAGUGGAGGGAACGGAGAAAUACGUCGAAAACGUACGUAUGUUUGUGGCACGUGUAAGCAUGAAUUCGAUAGAUUUAAAUUGUUUAAUGCUCAUCUGAUGGUCCAUCCGGCCGAAUGUUAUACUUGCGGAAGAAGUUUCAAACAUUGGCCGAACUUUGCACUGCACAUCAAGAGGCACUUGGGUAUCAAAGACCAUCAAUGUAGGUUAUGCGGGAAGAAGUUCGUUAUCAAGCAGAAACUUAUCGAACACAUGAGAGUUCACACUGGAAAGGCACCGAUCAAGUGCCCCGACUGUGACCAGCACUUCCGUCGGUUUUCGAAUUUGGCACAGCACCGGAAUCGGCACCACUUGAAUAAGGUUCCUUCGAAGAAAGAUUUUGUCUGCCACUGCGGCGAGGUGUUCCAAUCGAAAGCCAAAAUGGAGUGGCACAAGGAAAUCCACGAAAACAAGCCAAAAAGUUGCCCCUUCUGUCGGGAGAAAUUCAUCCACAAGAACAGCUUGACCAGACACAUCCGUUUGUCCCACACGGAAAAGUACGUGAAACUCGAAACGGCAACAGAAAUGUGCACCCUUUGCAAUCAACCGUACAUCAAGACCAGCAUGAAGCGUCACAUGGAAACGCACAACACCAACGAGCGGAUGGCUUUCUCCUGUACGAUAUGCAACAAAGUGUUCAGCACCAACUGGAACCUAAAGCAGCACCGAUGGACGCAUGCCAAUCCGACGCUGAAACCGUUCCAGUGCAAUAUGUGUUCGAGUGGGUUCGUUCGCGAGGCUGACUACAUCACCCACAUGAACGCCCACAAAUCCAUACGUCCGUACACGUGCAACCACUGCGGAUGUCAGUUUAUUCGCAAGUAUAACUGGAUCCGGCACACCCGGGAGCACGAAACGGACAAGAACUACACGUGCGAGAUUUGCGGCCGGAAGUUCCACCGGAAGUACUACCUAACCGAGCACAAGCGGAUACACACCGGGGAGCGACCGUUCUCGUGCAACAUUUGUGGCAAAACUUCGUCGACCAAGACGAACCACAACAAGCACAUCAAGAUCCACCACGCCCGGGAUCCAUUGACGGCGGAAGGAUAAGCUGAUCAAUUUCCCCCGGCCCGGGGCGAUAAGUGUUCGUGUGUUUGGAAUAUCGCGUUGAAAUGCCGUACUACUACAUUUAUUAUUGUCGACGCAAGUUUGACCACAAAUAGUUCUUGAUUUGUUUUUAAGUUUCGGGAAUUAAUUGACUGCUAGCAAACAUGAUUAUGAAUGAAGUUACUUUUAAACACGAUGAUUGGUUUCCACUUAUUGUCGGAAAAAAUGUGCUAUCAAAACAUUGAACACCUAUCGGUUGCUGUUCCAAACAUUGAUUGGUUUGUUGGCAUUGACUAGCUUGUAUAUUUUAUGUCUGAUGCAAUUAUCAUCAAUCUAAAUUUACCCAUUUAUUGUGUUGAUGUGCUUAGUUUCCUGUCCAUCUCGUGUGGUUUUAUUCGCAUUAUUAGUCAGGUGUUUGUCGUAGUACAGCUCCUACCUUUCGAUCACCACACUACCGUCUAUCAUGAUGCUCCAAUCUUUUUCACACAAAUUGGCUUGCUAACUACAUGCAUGAUUCAUUGAAAUUCUGAUAAAUGUUCCAUGACUCUACUUUCCUACUGGAACUUGACCUGAAAUUGACUUGAAAUGCACAUAUAAUUCUUGCAUGGCUCGACGACUGAUUGCGAUGAUAUCGAUCAGUUUCUUCUAAAAACCGUGUUAGUAUCUGUCAAAACUUCUUCAUUUUCACUUAAUCAAACGCCUAUUUGAAAUCAAUAAACAGAUGUGUCUAAAUUGAUAGGAACAGAUAGGAACUGAAGAGCGAUUUUUUUUUUUUCAAUCAAUGUAACUGUAGAAUACAUGUAGAAUAGCAAUAUUAACCUACAAAUCGACAUUUAAAUUUUGAAAGCAUAUUUUUCUCGAUAAAAGUAGCAACUUAAAAAUCGUGUUAUUGUUUUGAGCAAUAUUGUUUUGCCUUGUUUUGUAUGGUUGCUCCUCCAGCUAGGUGCAACCAUCUCAAAAAGAAAUUAGUUAUAUUGGUACAAUGAAAGGUUUUCUUUCCCACGGUAGACGACGAUAUGAAAUCAAAAAUAGACAAAAUAGUGUAUAACAUUAUUUAUUUUAGCAUAAAAUUCGUUUUACUAAAUAAUUACGGUACGCAUUCUGCAAAAGUAAUGCCUGAUCAUAGUAAGGAGAAUAAAUAUAAACAAAGAACUGAUUUGCUAACACAGAAUUUUAGGAUGAUAGCUUCAGACUUCAGAAUACAUUGAUCUUUUAUUACGGUGGUAAACGUAAGUCUCCGCGCGUUUUAAGGUGGUUUGAUUUGGUUUAGUGACAUGGAAAAAAAUAAAACAUUCGUCGAUGGUCCGCAGUAACCUGCUAUAAUUUCGUUCAGUAAAAGCUGAUGUCAGCUUGUGCAAUAAUUAUUACAAAAAAAUUCUGCGAAUUUAUACCUAGUUAAUACGACAUUUUACAAAUCCUACAAUACAGCAAAAAAAACACUAAACAAGUCACCGAUAGGAAACAUUCAAUUCCGAAAUAAUAAAAGUUUCUUAUUAUUCUAUCAAACAAAUAAA